GUUUGGGCAUCACUGCAUGAUUAAGUAAAUGUCUUAUCAGUGGCCGCCAGGGGGCGUCUGACCACGACUAGUCCGCCAGACAACUCCGCUCACAGGGCAAACCAUAGAGCGCACAGUAGGUAGAGCGGCAUCGAGCCUGGCUGGGAAGUGUUUCUCGAUAGUGACACCGGUGACGACCUGGAAGCGGAAGUGGGAGGAAAAGAAGAAGGAGAAGAGGCCGGCGGUGUUAUGGAGGAGCCGCAGCGUCGGCGGAAGCGGAGCCCGCGCGGAAGCCACUCGCCGCCGCCGGGGAACUCGGGGGCCGGCAGGUCACAGUCAAAAAGAAAAAACAAGUCCUCAAACAAAAAAAGCAAAUCCCCCCGAGAGAAAAGAAGCCGAAGUCCGCAUCAUGUGAUACCUAAAGUAAAGCAGGAGCGAGAAGAACGCUCCCAGAGGGGGCAUGAGGAGCGUCCAUAUCGAGACCACUCUGAGCCGGGCCACAGGCGGGAAAGAAGCAAUGACCGAGACAGACAUCGGGACCAUUCUGGCCGAAGGAAGCCCCACCGGGAUCAGCCUGGGGGCCACGAAAGGGAGAGGGACGGUCAUCGCUUCCAAGUUCAGCAGGCACAGAGGGAAUUAUAUAAUGAGCAACGUCGGGAGCGCCGGGAGCAGGCAGAAGCCAGCGGUGAUGAAGAGAAUCCAGGGGCAGAGGGGUCACACAGCACAGACAAAGAGCCAGGGAAUAAAGAGAAGCCAAGCUUUGAACUGUCUGGUGCACUUCUGGAGGAUUCCAAUACGUUCCGUGGUGUCGUGAUCAAAUACAGCGAGCCCCCAGAAGCACGGAUCCCCAAGAAGCGGUGGCGUUUGUAUCCUUUCAAGAAUGACGAGGUUCUCCCAGUUAUGUACAUUCACAGGCAGAGUGCCUACCUGCUGGGGAGGCACCGACGCAUUGCUGAUAUCCCUAUUGACCACCCCUCCUGCUCAAAACAACACGCUGUCUUUCAGUACCGGCUUGUGGAAUACACCCGCCCUGAUGGCACAGUGGGCCGGAAGGUAAAACCCUACAUUAUUGACCUUGGCUCAGGCAAUGGCACAUUUCUGAACAACCAGCGCAUUGAGCCUCAGCGCUACUACGAACUGAAAGAGAAGGAUGUCCUGAAAUUUGGGUUCAGUAGCAGGGAGUAUGUUCUGCUCCAUGAGUCAUCAGAUACCUCAGAGGUGGACCAGAAGGCAGAGGAGGAGGAUGAGGAGGAAGAGGAGGAAGAAUCCACCUGACAGCCCAUCAGGGGGUGGACUUAACCUUUCUCUGCAGCUGAGCCUCAGAUCCUUUGUGUGGACUGAAGCAUUGCUGCCCCGAUGCCUCUCACUGCCUUAAAAUCUGCUGCCUUUGGCUAGUCAUGUUAAUUUGUGAACUUCUCACACACUCAGUUGAUGGUUAUGGGCACUGAAGUAGAGCCAACUGUUGCUUUUCAAAUGGUUUGGGUUAAUCAGAAGGUGCUAGGAAAGCGAGGUCACUUUUGAUGCCCAGCUGAUAUCUCAGCUGUGUUGCUAGAGUUUCUCAAUGUAUCUUUUAAUUUAAGACUCUGAAAAAGAAACCACCCUGUACAAAAAUUGCCUUUUCCAAACAAACAGGUUAUUUUGCUUCCCCCACCCCUUUUAUUUUUUGCUUGCACACAGUUUU